ACAAUUGUUAAUUAAGCUUCCCCUUUAGAGGGAAAGGAAGAAUACCGACUCAAUCAACGUAUACCAGAUUCUCCCGUUAAUUUCACUAAUUGCUUUUAAUUGCGCACGCUAUUGCACCUGCACGGGGCUUUAAUUAAGUUUUCUUGAUCAAACCGAAGUUGACUGCAUUGCUUUACUCCUCACAAGAGGUGCCCUGCUCUACAACAGACUGUAAUACUCCUGUUCACCUUAAGGAUGUGUUAUUGACUGAAGCAUUCAGUUCGCAAGAAGCUGCGAGGAAUGCAGAGUAGAGAGAGGGGAGAUACGCGGGAGCUGUCCACUAGUCCUGCUGCAGAAUUUCAUAUUUUAAACAUCUAGAGGAUUCACUAACGAUCCGAUUGUAAAGCCUUUGUCAGUGGGGGAACGCGGUGAUGCACAUGCGAGGGAUGGUCGUGCAAAAGCUAAAACGAUGAAGACUGGUGGAUUUAUAUGAUAGUGUUUUGGGAGAGAAGUUGCCAGUAUUCUUCGGUGGAAAUAAUUCCUAUCUGCCACAGGAUUGCUUAAUGGAAGACUCGGUUGCAAUGUCAUCUCAUAUUACUAUCUCGGAGCUAUGUGGAAAAAAGAUGCUAUCAACUUUGCAUACUUUCCUACUUGGUUAGGUGCUGGCGCGGUGAGGAGUGAUUGGAAAUGUCCGCCAGAAUCGAGUUUUUUUGCCUUGAGAGUUAUAUGGAGGGAACUCUUACCUCUUGCUGCCAGGAUUCGCGUCAUGCCAAACCUUCUGACACGCAAAUCUGCAACUACGUUUUGUGACAUUGAAGGGAAUGAAGAUGACCAAUAUGGGAAACAUGGGGUGGCUUCUCCUGACACUGCCUGCACUUCUGUGUCACUCUGGUUCUGUGUGGGGAGCAGAGAAAGUCCCCAUCCUGAACAUCGCUGUCAUCCUGGGGCAGACCCGUUACGUCUCUGACAGAGAUAUUCGGGCUCUCUGGAGCAAAGAUGAUCCCAUUGAUGUGAAUGUGGUGACCCUUCUGGUGAACGAGACGGACCCGAAAAGUAUUAUUACCCACGUGUGCGACCUGAUGUCCGGGACCAAGAUUCAUGGGGUGGUAUUUGGAGACGGCACGGAUCAAGAAGCGAUUGCCCAGAUUUUGGAUUUUAUUUCAUCCCAGACUUUCAUUCCCAUCUUCGGAAUCCAUGGAGGAUCCUCCAUGAUUAUGGCGGACAAGGACCAGAAGUCAACUUUCUUUCAAUUUGGGGCUUCCAUUCAACAAGAAGCUCUCCUCAUGCUCAACAUCAUGGAAGAAUACGACUGGCAUGUCUUUUCUAUAGUGACUAGCAAGUUCCCAGGUUAUCAGGAUUUUAUCAGCAUCCUCAAAAGCACUGUGGACAACAGUUUUGUUGGAUGGGAUUUACAGAACACGAUUACUUUGGAUGCCGUCGAUGGGGAUACUAAGACCCAGAUACAGCUGAAGAAGAUCCAGUCGUCUGUCAUCUUACUGUAUUGCUCAAAAGAUGAAGCAGUUUAUAUUCUGGAGGAGGCACGUUCUUUGGGUUUAACGGGGUAUGGAUUUAUCUGGAUUGUUCCCAGCUUGACCACUGGAAACACCGAAGUCACCCCAAAUGAGUUCCCGUCAGGAAUGAUCUCGGUGUCUUAUGACGAAUGGGACUAUCCUCUUGAGGCUCGUGUCCGGGAUGGCCUUGGAAUUAUAACCACUGCAGCCUCCUCUAUGCUGGAGGAGUUUGGUGACAUACCAGAAGCAAAGACGAGCUGCUAUGGACAAAUGGAGAAAACAAAACUGCCACCCAGUGCACUGCACAAAUAUAUGAUGAAUGUGACCUGGGAUGGCAGAGAUUUGUCCUUCACAGAAGAUGGGUACCAAGCAAACCCCAAACUUGUGGUCAUAGUUUUGAACAAGGACAGGGAGUGGGAAAAGAUGGGCAAAUGGGAGAACAAGAGUCUGACCCUGAAGUAUCCCGUUUGGCCCCGGUUUAAUUCCUUUGGAGACUCGGAGUCUGAUGACAACCACCUGAGCAUCGUCACCCUGGAGGAGGCGCCAUUCGUCAUUGUGGAGAAUGUCGAGCGCCUGACAGGAACCUGCAUGAGAAACUCAGUGCCCUGCCGGAAACACAUCAAAGAUAACACCACAGUGGAGGGCACCUAUAUAAAAAAGUGCUGCAAGGGAUUCUGCAUCGACAUCUUGAAAAAGAUUGCCCGGAAUGUGAAGUUCACCUAUGACCUUUAUCUGGUGACCAAUGGGAAGCAUGGCAAAAAGAUCAACAAUGUGUGGAAUGGCAUGGUUGGAGAGGUGGUGUACAAGAAAGCAGUUAUGGCGGUGGGCUCACUAACGAUCAAUGAGGAGCGUUCGGAAGUGAUUGAUUUCUCAGUUCCUUUUGUGGAAACAGGAAUCAGUGUAAUGGUUUCGAGAAGCAAUGGCACAGUUUCUCCAUCUGCCUUUCUGGAGCCUUUCAGUGCCUCUGUGUGGGUGAUGAUGUUUGUUAUGCUGCUCAUCGUAACAGCUAUGGCUGUCUUCAUAUUCGAGUAUGUCAGCCCUUUGGGCUUCAACAGGAAUCUUGCACAAGGCAGAGACCCCCAUGGACCAUCAUUCACCAUUGGGAAAGCUGUGUGGCUUCUCUGGGGUCUGGUCUUCAACAACUCUGUACCAGUGCAGAACCCCAAAGGAACGACGAGUAAAAUCAUGGUGUCUGUUUGGGCCUUCUUUGCUGUAAUCUUCCUGGCCAGCUACACUGCCAAUCUAGCUGCCUUCAUGAUACAGGAGGAGUUUGUUGACCAGGUGACUGGACUGAGUGACAAAAAGUUUCAGAGUCCUUACAGCUACUCUCCUCCCUUUCGGUUUGGGACUGUUCCCAAUGGGAGCACGGAAAGGAACAUCAGGAACAACUACCCUGAUAUGCACCAGUACAUGGUCAAAUACAACCAGAAAGGAGUUCAGGAUGCACUGGUCAGCCUCAAGAGUGGGAAACUGGAUGCUUUUAUAUAUGAUGCUGCAGUCCUGAACUACAUGGCUGGGAGGGAUGAGGGCUGCAAACUGGUGACUAUUGGGAGUGGAUAUAUUUUCGCUACUACUGGCUAUGGGAUAGCUCUACAGAAAGGCUCAUCGUGGAAACGACAGGUGGACCUGGCAAUCCUGGCCAUCAUUGGAGAUGGGGAGAUGGAGGAGCUGGAAGCACAGUGGCUGACAGGUAUCUGCCACAACGAGAAGAAUGAGGUGAUGAGCAGUCAGCUGGACAUUGAUAACAUGGCGGGGGUCUUCUACAUGCUGGCUGCUGCCAUGGCUCUGAGUUUGAUCACCUUCAUAUGGGAGCAUUUGUUUUACUGGAGGCUGCGAUAUUGCUUCACUGGAGUCUGCAGUGGGACACCCGGGCUGCUGUUCAGUAUAAGCAGGGGCAUAUGGAGCUGCAUUCACGGCGUACACAUUGAAGAAAAAAAGAAAUCCUCUGAUUUGGACUUCAGCAGUCCUCAGGCCAAUAUGUUAAAGUUAAUCAAGUCUGCCAAAAAUAUGACCACCAUGUCAAACCUCAAUGCUUCACGGAUUAACUCCCCUAAACGUGCUACUGAUUACAUGCAUGGUGGGCCCAUGAUGAUGGACAUGGUGGUUGACAAAGGCAAUUUCCUCUAUGCUGACAACCGGAGCUACCCCCCGAAGGAGGCUCUUUACGGUGAAACUGGGAGUGACCUGCAGACCUUCAUGGGGAACCGGCACAAAGACAAUCUGAACAACUACGUUUUCCAAGGCCAGCACCCUCUGACCCUGAAUGAGUCGAACCCCAACACAGUGGAAGUCGCAGUCAGUGCCGAUGCCACCCCGGGCACUACCAAGCCCCGGCAGCUGUGGAAGAAGUCUGUGGAGACUCUGCGGCAAAGCCAGGGCUCGGUUCAGGAUACCCUUCCCCCCGACCCCCGGAUGUCUAUGAAGAGCCAGAGAUACCUGCCAGAGGAGGCAGCCCAAUCCGACAUCUCCGACUGCUCGAGCCGGGCACAGUCCUACAAGGAUCCCGACAACAACCAGAAGCACCACAAGCCCAAGGAUAAUUUAAAAAAAAGAUCCAUGACAUCGAAAUACCCUCGGGACUGUAGCGAAGUGGAGCUGUCCUACUUAAAAAGCAAGCAAGGGGGGUCGAAGAUAUAUACUAUAGAUACUGAGAGGGAGCUGGGUUUGCACACGGACCAGCACCAUUUCAGGGAAAAUAGGGCGCUGCCUGAAGAUCUGGAAUAUUCCGAAAUGUACCAGGACCACAAUGACAAUUACAGGAAGCCUGAACCAGUCAUCCAUCUCAACAGCAGCCCGCUUCAUGCUGAUGACAUCACUCCCAACAAUGAAAAUAAAUACAACCUGUAUUCCAAGCAUUACAGUUUGAAAGAAAAGAAUGUGAGCCCUCAUGAGACAAACGAUAGGUACAAACAGACUCAUUGUAGGAGCUGCUUGUCCAAGGUACCAAAUUAUUCAGGGCACUUCGCUGUCAGAUCACCUUACAACCGCUGUGAGGCUUGUCUGCACAUGGGAAACUUGUAUGAUAUAAGUGAAGAUCAAAUGCUUCAGGAAGCCAUCAGCCCUCUGAAUCAGGAUGAAAUGUUCAGUCAUUACUGGCCUCAGACUGAUGGCCCACAUGUACAGAAGAGGAAUAGACUCAGGCUCAGCAGACAGCAUUCUUUUGACAAUAUCCUUGAGAAGCCCAAGGACAUCGACCUUGGCCGACCGGCACGGAGUGUGAGCUUGAAGGAGAAGGACAGGUUUCUAGAGGACAGUCCUUAUGCAAAUAUGUUCAGCAUGAAGCCUGACAAACUGUUCAGCAGCAAGUCGAUGCUCUUUAACCACAACCUGGAGGAGAGCAAACGCAGCAAGUCACUGUACCCUGACCACACCUCAGAGAACCCCUUCCUCCACUCCCUCCGGGAGGACCAACGUCUGGUCCACGGAAGGAGCUCCUCGGACAUUUAUAAACAGCUGGUGCCAGUAAAAUCAAGGAACGACAACAACCUGAGGUCUUCUGUGAAGUCGACAGCCUCCUACUGUUCCAGGGAUGGUCGGGUCCCAAAUGACAUGUACAUUUCAGAGCAUGCGAUGCCUUAUGUAGCAAACAAGACUAGUGCAUACUCAGCUCCCCGGGUUCUCAAUUCCUGUAGCAAUAGACGCGUGUACAAGAAAAUGCCUAGUAUUGAGUCAGACGUUUAACUUUUCAUUCACCCUGUUCCGUAUUAUUCCACAUUAAGAUGCCAUAGUCAUCCACAUGUAAAUUAAAAGCACCCAAGACUCUCUAGACAGAAAAGUAAAGAAAGACAAGAAAUGGACCGGAUAAUCGCCCCAUUUUCUGCCCAUGAUGCUCUCUGCACUUCCAGGUUCUUUUCAUUUAUCAAUAUGUUAAUGCCAUACGGGGCUUGCCAAAGGUUUUCAAUCUUUUAAUUUAUAUGUGGUGAUGUUUUUGGACACGUGGUAUUUGGGAAAAAGACAGAGGUCUUUUAUUAGCAAAAUGAUGUGUGGACUUUCUAGAAGUGGGUGUUGUUCAAGUCCUGAAGGUCGAAGGUGCCAGUUGGCCCUCCAGUUGGCAUAAAGUACCAAUUCAACGUCUUCCUAAUGACUUACUGGCGAUGCAGAUGGACCACUUGAAGUUUCUUCCAAACUUUAACUUAAUGGUGGCUUUAAGCCACUGUACUGUAAGAGUGGAAGAUUUCAUUCUCCGAUGAAGGGAAAAAGUGAUUUUGGAGUAUACAGUUCAGGUAUACAGUUAUGAACAAAAUGCAACUGGUGGUACUUGAUGAAUGGUACAACACAAUGAACAAACACAUCUUUAUCAUAUUCCUGUAGAUAUGGGAAGGUGGCUUUUUAAUCCCUGUUUAAAAUGGUUUAGAAUUAAGCAGACUUUACUAGCAUACCUAAACCAAUAGCAAACAUCACGUCUUAAUUUUCUCAAGUAUUAUUUUAACAGUCAAGAGCAUCUUUUUUGCAUGAAUUAUUUCGGUAUCAGGGAAAGAAAAAUACUUUUAAAAGAAAUGUUUUUUUUCUGAGUGAGGAUGGAUAUUUGUGCAAUUGCAAAUGGUGUUUAAUAAAGCAGCCUGAUGUAUUGAUAUUUUUCAAAUAAAUUUCUGUAAUCUAAGCACUGAAGGCGAACAUUUGCAGGAUAUCAUUAAAUAUGUGAUGCUUUCAAUCCAGUUUCUAUAUCUAAAACAGGGUAAUAAAGAAGCUGAUGCUCUAAAACAUUAUCACAAUUUUAUUACUAAAAUGCACUUCAAAAAUGUUUUUUUUCACUGAGCAUAUUUAGGAACUGUACACUGUGAUAAAGGCUGCAUUUUAAUUUUGAAUUCAUUCUGCAUUUCUUUAAUGGAAUGGCUGCCAUUAAGAUUCUGCUUUCUAAAUUUUCUUUUCUUUUUACCUGAAGGAGGGAUGAAGGCCGGUGACACACAUUUUGAAUGAAACAGCAUGCACACAAAGAUGAAUUUUCUAGACGCCCUAGGUAUAAUCAAAGAGACAUAUCAGUGUCAGUUCUGGCAUGGUCAAUUUUAAGUAUGCAAAAUGUUCUAGAAAAACACACACACAAAACUGCUCCCCUAAAACAAAAAAGCAAAUAACCAGCGCAAAUAUCCUGCAAAUUAUUGUAAAUCUGUCACAUGUGUGGAACGAUAGUUUCUUCACUUUCAAGUAUUGUAAUAAAACUUUCAACUGAAUUGUAUGUGGAAACAGAAAAGAUUAAAAUUUAUCAGCAAAAUAUGUUUUGUGGUGUAAUAGGAAGAUUGUCCUACCAAACUGCACUUGUAUACUUUGCAAACUAAUUAAAUUUUACAUUUUAUUAUGCAACAAUUGCUUGGUACAGCAAAGUUUUACACGAAAUAGAACUGAAGAUGUGGUGAUGAAUCUUGAAUGAUCAUAUCGCUCAGGUGACUUGGAAUCUGGACAUCUGGAUAUCUCGGAAAUGAGGUACGGCACAGCAGUUGUGUGCUGUACUGGUCUUGGAGAGCUGCAAUUUCUGAACAAUUAACUUAGCACUUUGUUGUAAAUUUUAUCUAAAAUAUUUUAACAACAGUCUGAAUUCCAUUAAGUCUUCAAGGAUUUCCCUAAGAUAAACAAACUGCUUUCCUAAUGUAUCAAUAAUUACUAGGGUUCUAGAAAAUGGUGAUUUAGGUUAUUCAGUAAGACUGACUGGACUGGAACUCUUCAGAGUCAGGAUUGGAGGCUGUGUUCCUCAGUGUGUACAGUACAUGUUAAUAAAACUAAUUCAGUUUCAUCGUUCAACAGGUCAUAUUUCUCAGGAGAAGGAUUUGUUUCAAUCAGGCUUGCUCAAUUUAAUGUCACACACAACUGUAACUCUAGUAUGAGUGUACUGAACCAGUGCACCACAAGAUUACAGUAUGUACAGCGUACUCUACAUUUUAAUUCUGCUUUUGUUUACUCCCUGAAGUCUUCCAAACACUUGUCUUCCUGUGAAUUGUUCUGGAACAUUACCAAGGGAAUAUUGUAAGACAACUCUUGAAAUACAGGAAGCAUUUAAUUUAAAUGUAUGUCAUUGUGUUCGGUCUACAAUCAUUUUAUUCACAGCCCAUCAUUAAGAGUUAAAUACUCUGAACAACAGCACAAGAACACAACAUAUUCUGUUCUGUAUGGUAUACAGUAUAAGAUUAAUCUUUAAUUAGUGUCUUAUUUACCGUGGAGUCAUUUAUUUUAAUUUUCAGUAAUCCAGAAUAUUUGUCUUUACAAGCAGAUUUUCUGUAUUUUUCUUAGGAUGCUUAUAUUACAUUUGAUCUUUGUUACAGCAUCAGAAAAAUAAAAUAGGAAUAAAUCAAAUAAAAAGUACAUAAAUGACCUUUUAUGUCCAGAUUUCCACUAUGUUAUACAUUCUGUAAAGUUUUGAUAUUUUUAGAAAAUGUCACUUUUUUCCAAACAGGACAUCCUUUACUCUGGUUUUGAAUUUCUUUCAGCUUACCCAUUGUUAAGAGAUAAGUUCAGUGUAAUGAUUGUUCCACCAGAAUGGUUACAAACUGUACUUCCAUGGCUCGAAUUAUGUAUGAUUAUGUAUGAAUGCUGCUUUUAAAAAGUUGAUAUUAGAGCAAUACACACCUGUAAGAAAUCAAUUUCCUGUGUAGUCCAUGAUAGGUAUGCAUUAAUUUCACAGUGUUAGUUAUCCAUUAUUAUAAUAAAUUAAUUUGUUUGUUUUAAAUGUUUCAAUAACCCUAGUCUAACAAAAGUAGUUUAUUUGCAUAUUAAAUAAUACUGGCAUGCUUAAAUCCUACCUGUAAUUUGUUUAAUAGGUUUUUAGACUUUUCUGAGCACUGAUGGUUUAUACAGUGUUACCAUGAUGUAACAUGGUGUGUGUAUAUGUAAUGUAUACAGUGUAUAUUGAAAGAAAUUCACAUGACUUUAGUUUUAAACACUAUAAUACUAUUGGUUGCAUAUACUGCAGAGAAUUUGCAUUGCAUCCAGUCUGUUUUCCAGUAUUGGCCAAAGAUGGAUACUUUCCUCUAUGAUAAUGGUCCAUACUGUAGGCUAUAUAUGUCCUAGCUCUUCCUUGUUUGACUGGCUGUAUCAUCAGUAUUGCUACCAAUAUGUUUUAUUGUUGUUGUUUUUUUUUCUCCUACACGGAGGUCAAAUAUUUGCAGAUUCUUCAGAUUCUUAUUUGCCUAUAACAGUAGCCCUGCAAUCCCUCCAAAGAUAUGACCUCAUUUGUUUAGUUUUCCAUUCAUUGAUUGCUGUAAUAUUAUUUUUUUAAUGUAAUAAAAGGCUUAAAAGAAAUAUUUUGAAUUUAGGCACUUGUAAAUCACUUGUAAAUGAGCAUAAAAGGACUUUGUUGUCUUGAAAAUAACUAUUAUAUAGAGUACAAAUGUUUAUUUUUAUGUGUGAAUAUCAUGGAAAUCUUUAUAGUAAGCACCUAAUUUCUCUAGAACAGCGUGUACAAUAUCUACAUUUAAGUGACACCAAAAGGGAGGACUUUGAUUUUCCACUUAUCUGACAGACAUGGAUCACAGCUUUGGGCUUUAAUAAGCUUGGGUUUGGAGAGGGUGUAGGGAGACAUGCUUUUAAAUAUCCUCAACCUAAUUCCAGACGGGCUUGCAUCAGGCAUGUCUGCAGCGCUGUAGUGCUGAAGAGAGGCUGUUUUGCACCAGUCAGCUAUAUACAAUAUGAGCAAACAUCCAAGGUACCAUUUUAACAGUUUGUAUUUACAUUCUCUCUGUUCAUCAUGUCUGGGUCUUUUACUGAUCGGAAUGUAUAGGAACACUGUGGAGAGUGAGGACAGAAAGACAGUAACUUUGCUUAGGCUUAGAAUUAGCCAGAACACUAUAUAACAGUGGCAGUUCUUGAUUUGAUUGAUACAGACAGAAUUACAGCAGAACUCUGUCUUUGUCAGUGCAGUGUACAUCACUAAUUACUGUAAGAAACAAAGGAACAAAUGUGUUUUAUUAUUUUGCCAUAUUUUUAAAAUAAAUGAUGCCUUUCUGAUACGAUCUACAACUGAGUAUAAAUAGCUUUUGUAAUAUAGUGCCAAUUGUGAAAUUUAGUAUGUGCAAAUGAGAACGUUAUUUAAGAAAAUAAUUAGAGUAUUAAGAACAGUUAUUAGUCAGUUAACAGAAAAAAUAGGCUUUUCAUACAUGGAACAAUUAGUACUUUCUCAUCUGUAACUGAAUGACUGCUAGGGCCCUGUCUCUUGUACAUUACUGUAUGUCUAAAUGGAUGUGAUUUGUAACCUAAAGCACGGAAUUUGCAUGCAGGAAAACAUUUGCUGGUCACACCUCAGGAGCCCUCAGUCAGGAACUCACAGUGAAGGCAAAAGCCAUGAGCUGAGAUAAGGAGUUAGUCCCGCUCCAAAGCAUAAGUGUGCAGUCAAAUGAUUGAAAGAUCAAGAUGGGUUUUAUCCAUUUACUGCUUAAUUAAUCAGAGACCAGAUCAGACAAAACCAAAGCAGUAAUGCUGUGUACAGUGUAUAUUCAAACAGAUUCAAGGGACUUUAAUUUUAGCACUAUUGAUUGCAGAGAAUUGGCAUUGCAUCCAGUCUGUUUUAAAGUAAAAAAAACAAAGUAUCAAAAACAGAUACUUCCCUUUCUAUAAAUGUACUGCAGUGUAUCUGGCUGAAUUAUCACAGUAUUGCUACCAAUUUGGUUUUAUCACAACCUAAACCUCACCGAUAUUGCUACCAUUUGAUCACAGCCUAUACCUGCCUUAUUUUCUAAUAUGUAUUGAGUAAAUGUGCAACAGAUGCAUAAGAUGAUUGAAUCAACAUGUAAUUCCAAUAUAAUUCUAUAAUUACUCUGGAAGACGUUAGGGCAUUAGUCUGUGGAGUAUUAAACAUACAGAUUCUCUAUAGCGCAACAAUAACAAAAUCCAAACAGAAGAAGAAUCAAAUCCAGGGAAGACCUGGUUGUAGAACUUUCAGGAAAAUAGUGAAUGUAAUUGUUAAAGGUUUCGCGUCACAAGGGAUUAUUAAAUACUGUACGUGUUUGAUUGACAUGUCCUGCAUUGGAUGUUUCUCUCACAUUUAGAUCCCAGUGCGCAGUGAAGCUUGCACCUGCAGACAGUGGCAGGGUUUGCAUCUGAAUAUUCCAUAUUUUUCCAAAACUGGCCAUGCGCUAUUUUACAGUAUUUCCCCCACAUUCCCUUAGAAAGGGAAUGAAGCAUGAAAGGGAUGUACCCUUUCCCUAAAUCGCUCCUCAGGGCUUUUCCCAAGUAUUUAUUCCAGAAUAAAGUCCAUACCAAAGACUGGAGGCUCAUUAUUGCGCAUUAUCCUGGAGCUUAUCCUUGUAUCUACAGUAUUAGAUGGAGUGGAGUUGCAUUGCUAUUCACCAUUGUUACUGUACAAGAUGGCGAAUUGCUUUAAUCGGGGUGAAAUACCACUCUCCAGGGUCCAGGCCAUAGGAUGGACUUGAACCCGCAACACUUCAACUAGGAAUCUAAAGCCCUAUCUACUAUUCUGUGCUGCCCUGCAGUAUUUACUGGAGGAUUUUAAAUACACAUAUCUUUCAAGCACAAGUGCCACGCCUUGCCCUUGAUGAUAGCUGUUGGUGAUUUUUUGCCAUUGACUGCUUAUUUCUAUCCGAUGGAGUGGAACUGAGCUAAGCACUAAGUCUCUCUAAUUAAGCACUAGGUUUCUGCCUAAUACAGGCAGGGCAGUGAAAGGCCUUCUGUCCACUCACCAACCUUGAAAACGAAACAGUGAUGUGUUUAUGCAUGCAUCCCUAGUUCAAAUACCGCAUAGCUUAACAUUUUAAGUUCCUAUAGUUAAAAUGAGUUUUUAUACUUUAUGCUUUGAUUUAGCAACAAGUCAUCUUAACAUUUGAUUGAGUAGGAUGUUGGCCCAUGCAGUGAUGAAUGAUUCAUGACUGGUUCUCAUUUGUAUCGCACUUGCCUUUUAAAAAUGUCCUUUUCUGAAGAGGUUCCCGUUAUUUGGCAAGUAAUGUGGAGCGCAGAACGAGACGCUGGUAUGAACUGGACCUCAUGAAAAAGUGGUGAAUAAUUAAGCACGAGGUGCUUUUUUAACAUUAAAAAUGGUUGCAUGUACAGUAUGUUCACAGAGCUGCUGGGCUAUUUGUACUUCUAAAAAGCAGAGCUAACACUUUGAUUUUGUGUAAAAAUGAGACUUUAUAGGAUUCACACAAGAGGAAGCAAUUGUUUGAAAAAAAAUAACUUGUGGUUACUACUAAUUAAUCUUUUUUCUCUUUUUGCAUUGCAUUCAUACUUUACGUAGCUGUUUAAAGUAGAAAUUAUUUUAGAAGAUGUUUUAUACUUAAAAGGGCCAUUGUGUGAUCAUAAGAUAGUUAUCACAGAGAUCAUGCGGCCUACAGCCUGAAAAGAAAAAAAGAUAUAUCUUUGGUAAAAAAGCAUUAUCACUUGUGUGUGUAUAACAAUUACUUUUAUUUAUUGUAAGGUCUAACUUAUCACUAAAUUCAAAGUUGACACAAACUUGAUUAAUUUCUGCUUUUGGCUAAUUGCAUGAGAAAGUACUAAUUUUAAUGGGAUGGUUUUAAACAUAUCUCCUAUUCUGUCUAAAUUACAUUCUUCACACCCUUUGUAACAUGAAACUAGAGUAGGUACCAUGGUUGUCUUUAAGCUAUAUUGUGUUAUUCUCAUUUUCGUAUAUAUAGAAGAUGCUAAGAGAAUGGGUUUUGGAUGUUUCUUGUGAAAUGUAAAUACUCUGUCACUGAAGGAAAUGUCAAAGUAACAAGAUGUAAAAAUGUAAAUAAGUAAAAGUUUCAUUUUUCUAAUAAAGGCUCUUUCUGCCAAUUUCUAUGAAUACUGUAUCUAUAGCUGAAUACUUGCAGCAUCUGAAAUCCUAAUCCAGUAGUUCUUACCAACUGAUAAAGUUUAGUUGGAGAAAAAAAACACUGAGCUUGAAGCUAAAAAUUAUCAGUAGUACAAGUGACUAUGUUUAUACUAUUAACCAAUUAAUGUACUCAUAAUUCCUGUUUUUAAGUUAUAGUCAUUGUCACUGAAGUCUAAUUUAAACAAAUAAUUUAAAAAGUAUCAUUUCCAUUUCAACCACAAGAAAAUGUGUUGUUUCAUAUUGUUUUUCAUUGAGAAUAUGGUGUCUGUGUGAUUCGAAAAGAUGAAAAUACAGCUAAUUUUCACUGUUGCCCUAAAUAUGUAACUUUACUUUUUUCACUAAAUAGUAUUAUGAGUAAGACCUAGUCUGUAAUUAAUUAGAUGCUGUGAAUAAUUGGAUUGAAAAGGGUGAAAAUACUCUUCACUUCGCUAUUAUAAAAAUUAAGAUCACAUCCCGAUAAAAAAGCUGCCACCAUUUCUUAAGGAUAUCAAUGAGCACUUAUAGUACGUUACUGUAGGAACAUGAGAAUGAGUUUAACAGUGGCACAUAGGUUGUGAUUUUUACACACAUUUUUAAUUAGCCAUAUCUUCUUAUAAUAUUUCCCUGUUUGUGAUCAUUCAUUGUUGUCCAUAUGAUUCCUGGGCAAUUUUCACAAAUCAGAACAAAAAUAAAAUGAGACCAUUUGGCA